GCGUAGUAAUUUUCGGUAUCUUCCCUGUAAAAAAAAAUUUCCUCCUUCAAAUCUUUUUCGAAAAUGGACUACGGAGGUAAAGCAGGUGACUAUUCAGCGCAAGAUCCAAGCACCGGGUAUUCCGGUAAGUUAAGAAAUCAAAUUGUCGUGUUGCCUCGAUGGAAACGAUCGCCGAUGUUAGUGAAUCUUAACUUUCAGGGGGGAGCAGAGUUUGUUUUUCCCACAGACAGUAAAAAGAAGAGAAGCUGGGGUGAACAAAUGUUUUCUGGAAUUGGAACUUCGUAUAUGUGUGGUUUGGCUGUUGGAGGAACCUGGGGUCUCUAUGAAGGUCUACGAAAUCCAGAUGGAAAAACUAUGAAGCUCAGAGUAAACAGUGUGUUGAACGGCUGUACAAGAAGGGGUCCAUCUUUAGGAAACAGUUUAGGAGUUCUAGCCCUGAUGUACUGCAGUCUGGAUACAUUAAUCGGCAAGUUACGAGGAGGAGAAGAGGAUGAAUUUAACUCGGUGGGGGCUGCUACCCUUACAGGCAUGAUAUUCAAAUCAACGGCUGGUCUACGACCCAUCGCUAUUGCGGGAGCCUUGGGUGGCGGACUUGCGACAGCAUAUCAUUUUGGAGAGAAGCUAUUGAAUAGCAGAGGACACUCAAUUUCGACACCUAACUGGGCGUGAACUGUGUCAAACAUGCUCGCUUACAACCUUCAGGACAGCAUGCCGUGUGAAAUUUAAAAGAGGAGAGACCUUUAUGUUUGCUUGUAAAGUUGCAAUUAUUGGUGGGUAUCUCUUCCAAGAAAGUUAAAGGUUGAAGUUUUAUAGAGGACAAGACCUAGAACUUUACCAAGCCAAUGGAGAACUGGAAAUGGUUGCAUAGAUACAACAUGAGUGUUGUUCAUGCACGUAGUGUGCUUUCACACAACCAGGCUGUUAAAGUUGAGCCCUCCGAUGUUGUACAGAAAGACGAUUCCUGGGUUUUAAAAUGUAAUAUUAUGAUAAUAAUAAAGUUUGAAUUACAAUAAUUUCCA